UCUGAGAAGUGGCAAACAGGGCUGGUCCCACAAAUGAUGUCUCUAACACUUGGAAGGGAAUAAGGAAGCCAUUCCAAAAAUUUCCUACAUACUUUACCCCAAACAGCCCAGAAGUUAAAAGUGCCUCAGUUACUGGACAAUUUGGUUUUGAAGUUAAUGAACUCAAAAGCCAAAGAAAUCCAAAAACGGCUACCGCAGGUGAAGGUGACAGCAAUGGACCGCCCUCAGCUCUAUAAGCCAGAGCCCUUUAAGUUUGCUUGUGGAAGAGCUGGUCAAUAUCGAAGGUUUCAGCAACCCAGAAAAAAAAACGGCUCAUUGAAAAGGAAAGGGAUUGAAAGAUGGCAUAGAGCUGUGUCUACCAACUUAGUGAAACAAAAGGUAUUGGUCCCCAAAGAGGAAUCACCCAGUGACAGUGACAUGGAAUUUCAUGAAAGCCAGCGAAAUCCGAAAAAAAAUUUGGUGAAGAAAGUGAAGACUGUUUUGGGGAGGAUGCUGCUGUGCAAGCACAGAAGCAAGCCAGCAAGUGUCCACGGAGGGGGCUCCACUCCUCAUAAGGAAACCCUCCUUUCAAACACUCAGAGCCUUCUUCCCAGAAUCGUCAAGGAGCUGCCAUCACCCAAGUUAUUUACUAAACCAAGAAUGAGAAAGCUCUCACAGAAUGCAACUAUACAGCUUGACGUUGUAGAAGCAGAGACAGAGGAAAUAACCCAAGGAAAUACGCUCCUUCGAGCCAGGAGAACCACCAAGCGGUUAUCUGUGACAUCCCUCCCCUCAGGAAUGCAAAAGGUUCCAUAUUUAUCAAAAAAGAGACCACAUUUUCCAGCACUUAAAAAAAAGAAACAUAGCGUGGAAAACAUCCUCCGAAAAUCAGAUCUAACCAUAGGAAAGCUUCAAAUGCAGGUGGAUGACCUCCUAGAAACAGUGACAGAUAAAUCCAUGAAGUUAUUGGCCCAAAGACAUGCUGAGCUUCAACAGUGUGAGUUUCUAGGGGAUGAAAUUCUUCAGUCUUCUAAGCAGUUCCAGAGGAUAUCCAAGAGAACCAAAAGGAAGUAUAAAUUGAAAAAUGUGUGUUUUCCAUGUACCUGCUGCUGCUUCUGAUUUUCUUCCUGAUUUUGCAUCAAAGUUAUAUUCAUAGAGAUUCUUAUCUUUUGGUACAUAAUCCUUUAUAAAUUUCUCUUAAUCAAUAAUGGGGGUGGGUUAAAAAUAUUCUGCCCAAUAGUUCUUAAAAAAGAUCCUUUUUGAAAAAAUGAUUUUUAAUUCUGAGUCAAGAUAUGUAAUUUUUUGCUUCAUAAUUCUUACUAAUAAUAGAAAUAUUUAUCAGGGCAUGGAAAUUCUCCAAGAAAUUUCUCUCUUAAUUUGCCAGAUGAAAUUAGAGGAAGUACGUAAAGAUAUUAUGAUGCUUUAAUAUGACUUCUAUUGAGCUAAUUUUAAACCUUUAUUUUUAUAGAUAAGAAUUUUUAUUAAAAUUACAGAAAUGUAACAUUAUUAAGGUAUGAUUCAUGUAAAGUGUCAUGUUUCUGAACUAAAAUAAAUGGAUAAGGAUAGAGCCCAAUAAGAUAUAGACAUGUAAUUCAAUACUUAAGAAAAUUAUAAGUGAUUCAGCCUGAGCUUAACUUUUAAAAAGAUCAUGAAAUCAUUUUUGCAAGACUCUUAGAAAUGACCCCUAUAGAACAAAAUGAUAGAAAAUAUUUCAACAAAACAUUGAACAACAACAUUGCUCAAGCACUAAGGACAGAGAUCUAGAAAUGCAUAUUGAUUUACUUUGCAUCUUGUAAUUAGGUCUUACACCAGUGAUUCUUAAUAUCAUGGAAACUCUCCCACAAAUAAGCUUUCACCACAAACAUUUUGUACAGAAUCUCACAAGUUCACAGCCCUCCUGAGAGCCUGUUCAUGGACUUCAUUUUCAAAAAUGGUAACAAUUUCCAGAAACUGACUCAUUUUCUCAUGUACAUCCUAGAAAUGCUGUGUUCUCACUAUCUUCCAUUUGUUUGGUGAGCAAAGGAACCAGUUAAAAACUACCUAAAAUACCAACGAGCACACACAUAUCUGGCUGGAAAACAUUUUAUUAAACAUUUUUGGAUGUUGCUUCCUUUCAACUUUAAGAAUAAAAAAGGCAUUUCAAUAAAAACAAAUCUAUGAUGAAGGCAUCUUCCUUAGUGUGAAAAAAUGUGAAUGAACCGUGCAUUAAUAUUUAAAA